GCACUACAAAAUCGACUCAUUUUUCUCCACAACUACACACCUCUCACAUUUCUUCAUUUUUUUUUGUUACAAAAAAUAAAUAAAAUGAAAGAUCAAUUUCAUGAAUUAAACUUUAGGGAAUUUAUGGAUGAGUUAACAAAGCAAGAACAAAGUUUUUUUCAGAAAAAAGCAGCUGAGAAUAAUAAUGAGAAAUCAUAUGUUACUGAAAUUUUUGGUGAGCUUUAUUUUAAAGAAAAUAAUGGUGAGUACUCAUUCAUAAAAGACUUUUUUCCUCCAAUGCCAAAAAAAAGUUCUAGUGAAAAUAAUGCUAAUUAUAAAGCAUCUAUUUCUCAAGCUGAAUUUGAGAAAAUUAAUUUCAGUGAGAAGCUACCAAAUGGUGAUGAUAUUGUUGUCAAUUAUGUGAAUGAUGAGAUGCAAAAAGGUAAAGGAGGAAAAAAAAUCAAAUGAUGCUUAGAAGGAAGAUCUUAGCUAAUGUUUUUAAUGUGAUGCAUGUUUGUAUCUUGUCUUCAUUAAGUUAAAUAAACAUCAUCAAUAUCUUUUUAACGCAUGUUUGUAACUUUGGCUUUAUUAAGUUAAAUAAACAUCAUCAAUAUUUUAUUGA